AUGUAUCUAUCAUGAUCAUUUGUGUUUUCGUCCACACUAUCGUUUUUCCAAAUUGUCUACAUUUGAUUUACCUAUAUAUAUACUUCAAAUUCAAUAAUUCAAUUUCAUUCUCCCACCAACUAUCAUAUCCUAAAGUUUGAUUGAUAUUUUUCUUUGCAAAAUGGAAUACGAAAAAGAGGAGCAGUUACAAGAACCAGUUAGUCCUAUUGGACAAUAUUUCAAUAGCUCAUCCCUAUGUUUAUAUAUUAUUGCAGUUUUAGAAUUUGAAGUUUCCAUUGAUGAUUUACAAGCUUUUACUCUUCUUAGAGAUGUUUUCCUUCCCAUUAGUCCUCGUUUCUCUUCCAUCAUGGUACAAGAUAAAAAUGAAGAUAAAAGAUGGAAGCAAGUUGAUGUGAACUUAAAAGACCAUGUGAAAAAACCAAUAUUUUCAAAAGGAAAAAAAGUGGAAUUCUAUGACAAAUCUUUUCAAGAUUAUUUGUCAACCAUAGCAAUUGAGCCAUUACCUCAAGGGAAACCAUUAUGGGAAGUUCACAUAGUAAACUACCCUACAAAAAAUUCAUUAGGCACAAUAAUAUUCAAACUUCACCAUGCACUUGGAGAUGGUUAUUCUCUAAUGGGUGCACUUCUUUCUUGUCUACAACGUGCUGAUGAUCCAUCUCUUCCUUUGUCUUUUCCUUCUCUUAAACCAUCAAAAUUAGAACCUUAUAAUAAAAGUUUUUGGAGAAAAUUUUCUUGGACUAUGUCUUCUGUUUUUAAUACUGCCUCUGAUUUUGGAUGGAGUGUAUUGAAGAGUAGCAUUAUUGUUGAUGAUAAAACUCCUAUAAGAUCUGGAGAUGAAGGAGCUGAUUUUCAACCUAUUUCUAUUUCAAAUAUUGCAUUCUCUAUUGAUCAUAUCAAAGACAUCAAAUCCAAGCUUGGAGUGACUAUGAACGAUGUUGUGACUGGAAUUGUGUUCUAUGGAACAAGACUUUACAUGCAAGAAAUGGAUUCAAAAUCAAAGACAUCAAAUUCAACAGCAUUAGUAUUACUAAAUACAAGAAAUGUUGAAGGUUACCAAUCAAUUGAUGACAUGCUCAAUACUAAAAAAUCAAAGGGUCCUUGGGGGAAUAAACUUUCCUUUUUGCAUGUACCAAUACCAAAAUUGAAUGAGAACAGAAUUUCAAACCCUCUAGAAUUUAUUUAUGAUACACAUAACAUAAUCAAUAGGAAAAAACAAUCCUUAGCUGUGGCUCUUACAGGGACACUUUUGGACAUUGAAGGCAAACUCAGAGGACAAGAGGCAGUAGCUCAACAUAUUAGGAGGACAAUAACAAUGUCAAGUACAGUAGUUACCAAUUUGGUUGGACCAGUUCAACAAAUGUCUUUGGCUAAUCAUCCUGUGAAAGGCUUGUACUUCACCUUAGCUGGUGGUCCUGAGAGUCUUGUCAUUUCAAUAAUGAGCUACAUGGGAGUUCUAAGAGUUACCUUCAAAACAGAAAAAGGCUUCAUAGAUGAACAAAGAUUGGAGUCAUGUAUGCAAAGUGCAUUUGAAAUGAUAUACCAAUCAGCCAUGAAAAUUCCUCAUGAAACCAAUUAAUAUUCUCACCAAACUAAAAUGUUUAAAGUGUUGUAUACCAUUUGGUUAAUUCGAAGUGCAUUUUACUAUUUGAUUUUUUAAAAUUAUCUUUAUCAUUAUAGUAAGGAUUUAUAAAGGCUUGAUUGUUUGAUUAAUUUGUUA